GACAGUGAAUGCACCAUUACGAUCCAGAUUCUCCAUCUUCCUCCAGCCAGGGAAGGGACAAACCUGCGUCUUACACCCACUGUAAAAUUCUCCCACUGACAAACAACCUACAAGGUAUCUGAAUUUUUAUUCUACUUUUCUACAUUCCUCUAACAAUCCGGAUACAUGUAUAUUGUUUUGUGUGGAUGUGUUUGCUGGGCGGUUCACUAGAUACCUACCAUAAUACACAUCCUGUCGGCAGCAGUGAAACUGGGCCGCUGGUCACUCAUCUGUUUAGUCACCAAAUCAAACACCUAAACAUUACUAGUUAAUACCGCAAGUGGAAAUACUCUCUGGAAAUAGAUACAUUGUCGUUGGCUGAGAUAUUAGGAGAUUGCAAAGGUGAUUCGCUGUCAUUAGCUAACGUUAGCGGCAAUCAGAGAACUGGUGUUCCGUCGAGUUGUGCUACCUCGACAGAAAAAGCUACGUAGUGCGAAGCUACAGAUGUGGCUACGAAUACCGUCUAAUAUAUCUACUCUUUCCCAUCGCAACCACCCAUCUGCAUUGCUAGAUUUGCUAUGAUACAAAAAGCGUACCUCAGUGGGUUAUAAUCACCCCGCCAAGCAGUGCUCCCUGUUACAGAAUUACCUUUUAAGACAUACUUUAAUAGCAUGAAAACGGAACCAUGUUGUGAAACUGAACUGAAUCAAGUUCACUUUUAUCUCGUGAAAAAUAGUUACGGCUUGAUCUCAAGAUCGUGAUAACAAGCGCAAAGGGUUGUGGCUGUGCGCAGGCGCAUACGUGCAUUCGCCGUCAUUUCUUAGGGUCGCACUUGUAGACAGAACACCGAUGCGUUCAACGUUAGCAUGCAGCAGGCUAACGAUAAAUGUAGCAUCGAUAAACUGCUGCUGAAUAAUGUCUGAAAGACCUGAAAUCACAUCAGAACUAACAGAGUGUAGGAGAGGUAACCUCUUUUGAACCCAGCUGUUGUUUUACAACAUAUUGACGACUCUAUGACACAAUUAAUUCACUUGUUAGCUGCAUAUACGUUCGGAGUAGUGAAAUUGCAUUGCUGUUCAAUACAAUUUGUAAACGUUAAGUUGACCAACGUUUGUGUCACAUUUUAAAAAUAAGACAAGUGUGAGGAAAAAUUUGGUACCAUUACAUUUAUCUUAUUCAUGAUAAAAUAAAUGUUUAAGUUGGACUUUGCUCAAGAAAUCAAAUAUCAAUAGUGUAAAAACUUGUGUUAUGAUUGUCUCUUUCAAAGAAUAAAUGGGCAUGUACAAAGAAGCUAUAAUUGGGAUAUAUUAUAUGACCAAAAGUAUGUGAAACAUGAUCAUUUCCCUGUCUGUUAUCUCUGAAUGUGCCAGUCAUAAAUCAUCAUGAUUAUGCCACCCACUUGGCACAGAAUUAGGCAAUACACCCAAGCAAUCUGAUGCCACCCAGUACAAGAGCUUUUUGAUAAAUACUUUUUUUCAAAGCGUCUACAUUUUAAAGCUUUGUUGAUAUGGUCAGACUGAUGAUAACUGUUCUUAAAAUUAUUUUGUUGAAGUUUAAGUGGCUGCUGAUGGUGUACUGGAGUGAAAGGUUGUCCUAGUAUUAGGGAUGGGUAUUGUUAAGAUUUUAUCGAUAUCGAUGCCAUUAUCAAUUCUGUUUAUCGAUUCAAUUCUUUAAUGAUUCCCUUAUCAAUGCCUUUCUUUGAUUUAAAAAAAAUGAUAAUGAUACAGCUGGUUGAUAUAUAUUGUGUACUUUUGGUGAGAGUUUCAUUUGGUUCCAAAGAUGCUGGAUGGAGUUGACAUUAGAGCUCUAGGUCAAUCAUAUCCCCACAUCUGAAAUUGAAGAUAAUGGUGUGUGCGAGGUCUUUCUCAAAAGUGAACAUAUAUUUAUGCCAAAGCCCUUCAGUCCAGGUAACAUUUCAUCACUCUUAGCAUAACCUUGUGUAAACCGUGUCAUCAAACUGCAGAGAAGCAGUGCUGACUCUGUCUCUUGGGCAGAUUGGAACUUGUCAGCAAGUGUUGAAAUGCAGGAUUUACAGGUAAAGUGGUUGUUGAUAUCAACCCACUGGCCUCGUCUUCAAGGACAAACAUCACCUCCACGAAUAUCCAGUGACAGUGCGAAACUGAAAAUCACCCAGCUCUCUCUGCUGUAUGUGUUUGUCAGUGACCUACUCCGAAGUCACUACACCUACAAGCUCAUAGCAUAAUGCAGUAUAUUUUUUUUCUGCACAGGCUAAGAGGACAAGAACAGUAACGAUGACGGACUCCAAAUAUUUCACAACAAACAAAAAAGGUAAGUGAGGAAGGUGUUACAGCUCUUUUACUCCCUCCGCUGAAUGCCUCAUUAAGCCCUUAAAAAUUAUAUGUAGUGUUUGAUUUGAUACCUAAUGUGAUUUUUCUAAGUUCUGGAAAUCACAGUCUUUGUGCCUAUGUCAACACUCUACAGGGGAGAUCUUUGAACUGAAGGCAGAACUGAACAAUGAGAAGAAGGAGAAGAGGAAAGAGGCCGUGAAGAAGGUCAUUGCUGCCAUGACUGUCGGGAAAGAUGUGAGGUACAGCUGCGAAUCUAGUCUCUUAAUCUUAAUCUCUUGUUAUAUGAAUAAUAAACCAAAUUUAGUGUGCCUGUUUGUGUGUCUGCUGUCACCUACCUGCCUUGGAGACAACCUUCUUGAAUUAUUUUUAUGCACAUCAGUCUAUCAGGUGGAAACACUUGCAAAAGCACCAGAGGGUUCUGAAAGAGUAAAGACACAGACAGUGGUGGAAGUAGGAAUGUGAGGAAUGCAAAAUAAAGUUAGUGGAGAACUCGGAGCACUGCCCAGACCUUUGACAUCUGUGAAAUAUCCUCACAGACCAGACAAGACAUGGAACAGGACAAAUGUUCAGAGUGCUCCCAACAGAGGGUCAAUCUUUUCACCCCUGUCAGACUAUCUGAACAAAACUCAUAUUAACAUCUAAAAAAGACUUAUUUCUUAGAUUUAUUCAUUAUGUAUUUAUGAGAUCAAAGAAAUCUCUCUGAGGCCUGAUACUGUGAAGUCUAACUGAGACCCUUCUGCUGCGUUUUCAGUUCUUUAUUCCCAGAUGUGGUGAACUGCAUGCAGACCGACAACCUGGAGCUGAAGAAGCUGGUCUACCUUUAUUUGAUGAACUACGCAAAGAGCCAGCCUGACAUGGCCAUCAUGGCUGUCAACAGCUUCGUCAAGGUAAAACCCUCAAGAAGUUUGUUGCAUUUUUUAAAAUCUAUUUUUAUUCCCAAAGGUGGUUCAGAUGUUUAAGAAUGAAAAAAGAAGGUGGGAACAAGGUUCAUGCAAAAUUAAUAUAUUUAUGAGGAAACCUGGCAGCUCAAAAGAAGCAUCUGCAAAAAUAUGAACAUGGAAAAUAAGGCCAGUCUGUUUUUUUUAAGCUUUGACAUAAUAAAAUUACAAUAAUGGAGAAAUACACAGGCCUUGAAGUAAACAGCCUCCUUCAAAAGACAAGAGGUAAACACUUCUGCUGGAUAAUUCACCAGGACUGGCUGUGUCCUCUCUCCUCUGUGCCAGGAGGGCACAGGUGAACUCUGUCAUCUGCAGCACCUGAAAGGAAACCCCAGAGAGAGUAAAUAAUGCAACAAAAACACGCCCAGUAACCACAACAAGUGGUAUCAUCUUUAAUAAUGAAAUCUGUCCACAAGGAGAGACAAAUCUGAGCUUCAUACAGGAGCUCUUCAUUUAUUUCUAGAGAAAUAGUUAUGUUGAAGUCUGGAUGGAAGAUACUUGUUCUCUGUUAAAUUAAAAAAAAAAAAAAACUGAAGUGAAAAAAUAAAGGUUAUUAAUUCUUAUAAAUCAUUACCAACAGAAAAAGUUCUGUUUAAUUCCCAAAAAUGAAUCAAUCCAACAUGUAAGGUUCACUGAAUAUGUCUCACUGAUUUUAUAAGAAGACUGUCCUGUUUCGCCUCUGCAGGACUGUGAGGACCCAAACCCCCUGAUCCGAGCUCUUGCUGUUCGAACCAUGGGCUGCAUCCGUGUGGACAAAAUCACCGAGUACCUGUGCGAGCCGCUGAGGAAGUGCUUGAAGGAUGAGGACCCGUACGUGAGGAAGACAGCCGCCGUUUGUGUGGCGAAGCUUCAUGAUAUCAACGCCCAGAUGGUGGAGGAUCAAGGCUUCCUGGACUCCCUGAGAGACCUUAUUGCUGACUCAAAUCCCAUGGUAGGUUUCAGUUCUUCUUUUAGGUUUUCAUUUGUGCCAAAAUAACGACGAUAACAGAGGUUUUCUAGGGUGAAUCAGAAGAGGACGGUUAAACUGAACUGUUUCGUGUGUGGGAUUAGAUGUUGCUAAAUGAAAGCAUGCAACAGAGGCAUGGUUUUAUUUAGCACAACAUAAACACUCUAGGAUUGUUGAGCACAGGCUGUAAAUGGACAUUAAGUGUAUAUGACAUUAUUGUAUAUUGAUAAAAACAGGAGUUGGAUACUUUUGUUUUUACCAAAAACAGCAAAGAUUUAAGUUUAUUGAGAUUUGAGGUAAAUAUUUAGUUGUUUUUGAAAAUAUGUCAAUAUUCUCUGAUACCAAAUUUAUAUAUUUUUUAAAUUCUACUAAAUUAGUCCACUUGAAAUCCUAAUCUUCAUAAAUUCAAGCAGAAAUAAGUAGCGUAAUUAAACAAAAUUAAGUUUAGUGCUAUAAAGCAAUUGUAUAAGUGUGACUGAGCUUUUCAUAGAUGUAACUUAUGAUCGAUUGUGAGUUGUUUAAAUACUCUAAAUAGUCAUGGAGAUUUUCCUCUGAGGUUCUCAUCAGAAAACUCGUCCGUCUUCCAGGUUGUGGCCAAUGCAGUCGCUGCCUUGUCCGAGAUCAGCGAGUCUCACCCCAACAGCAACCUGCUGGACCUCAAUCCUCAGAACAUCAACAAGCUGCUGACGGCUCUGAAUGAAUGCACAGAGUGGGGGCAGAUCUUCAUCCUGGACUGCUUGUCCAACUACAACCCCAAGGACGAGCGUGAAGCCCAAAGGUAGCAAUCAGAUGAAAGUUUGUACAGAUCGACUAGUGAACAGUGAGUUGUUGUUUGAUUCCCAGUGAAUCUCACUUUCGCCUCCUCUCAUUCUCAAAGCAUCUGUGAGCGUGUCACUCCCCGGCUGUCUCAUGCAAACUCAGCUGUUGUGCUGUCAGCGGUGAAGGUGCUGAUGAAGUUCUUAGAGUUGCUGCCCAAGGACUCAGAUUACUACAACACCCUGCUGAAGAAAUUAUCCCCGCCCCUGGUCACCUUACUCUCCGGAGAACCUGAGGUCCAGUAUGUGGCUCUGAGGAACAUCAACCUCAUCGUACAGAAAAGGUGUGUGGAGAAAGUGUUGCAGUGAUUGAAUAUUAACAGCUUGUUUGUGAUGUUUUCUUUCUGUAAAAUGAUAAUGUGAAAUGUGAGCUAAGAUAUCCACACGCUUUUCUGUGCAGGCCCGAGAUCCUGAAGCAGGAGAUUAAGGUGUUCUUUGUCAAGUACAAUGACCCGAUCUACGUCAAACUCGAGAAACUGGACAUCAUGAUUCGCCUGGCUUCUCAGGCCAACAUCGCUCAGGUACUUAAAGCAAAACGAGCAAACCUUGAUUAUUGUGCUAAUGAGCUUAGUGUCUUUCAGUUGAGGACAAUGUUUUUGUAACAUGAUACAUUUCUCUUCUACUUUCUGUCCCGAUCAGGUGCUGGCUGAACUGAAGGAAUAUGCCACAGAGGUGGAUGUUGACUUUGUGCGAAAGGCUGUGCGAGCCAUCGGGCGCUGUGCCAUCAAAGUAGAGGUGGGAUAUUCAUCAUUUCUGAUUGCUAUUCUGUUGGUGUCUCUGUACAAAAGGAUUCUGAUUAUCUUUAGACUGAACAGUAACAUUAUCAUGAUGCGGCAAAAAAAAAAGCUCACUCACUCUUUCCUGAAAUAUUUUCAUCUUCACUCUAGAGGCAAAGACUCAUCCCUCUUGUAACUUUUUCAAAACACCCUGUGAAAAAUCUUCUUUUUUACCUUAAUAACUCAGAUUGAAAUUUUGUAAUGUUUGGAGUUAUAUAGUUUUUAGCUUGAGGCCAUAAUUUUAUACUUUAAAUAAGAAUGAGUUUAUGUAAUUAGUCUUGAACAUAUUGAAUUUUAAUUUCUCCAAUGACUAAUGGAAAAUAUUGAACUUUUUUACAAUACCCACAUUAUUCGAGAUGCACUCUUUAGAGCUGAACUUUUGCCUGUUUUGACUUUCAGCAAUCUGCUGAGCGCUGCGUGAGCACCCUGCUGGACCUGAUCCAGACCAAGGUCAACUAUGUUGUGCAGGAGGCGAUUGUCGUCAUCAGAGACAUCUUUCGCAAGUACCCCAACAAGUAUGUAACCCACAGAAACACUGAAAACUGUCGAGUAAGUGGCAACCAACUCCCCAGUCCUGGAGAUAUUCUUGUUAGCCACCAUUAUCUAUCAAGACUGCCGGGUCACAAAAUAACUAGUCAGUCUUUCAGAGCAGUGUGAUAUUUGUAAGUAACCCACAUAUCAUUACCGUUUUUUUAAGUUAGUAAUGAUAAUUUUAGCAACUUUAUUUAAAAGAAACAAGACUGAAUAAAGGGCUUUUACAACCAAACAAGAACAUUAGGAAACUCAAGACAAUGAAAAAUCAACCCAAUAUAACAGAAGACCUAAAAAAAAAAAACAUCUGACUAGUCUUGACCGCUGUGAUUCUGUGUAAACCUCAGGUAUGAAAGCAUCAUUGCCACUCUGUGUGAGAACCUGGACUCCCUGGAUGAGCCUGAUGCUCGCGCCGCUAUGAUCUGGAUCGUCGGGGAGUACGCUGAGAGGAUCGACAACGCUGAUGAGCUGCUGGAGAGCUUCCUCGAAGGCUUCCAUGAUGAGAGCACCCAGGUGGGUUCAUCGGAAAUAUCAAACAGAAGCAUGGUUAUCACGAUGUCUCUCACUAUAGUGAUAAAAAAUACAGUCGCCUGACAGAGUCUUCGAUUUACAGGUCCAGCUCACUCUGCUGACCGCCAUCGUCAAGCUGUUCCUCAAGAAACCAUCAGAGACCCAGGAGCUGGUGCAGCAGGUCUUGAGCCUGGCCACUCAGGUGACUGUCAUCUUGUAUUUUGAAAGAAGUUCAGGUUUGAGACAGAUUGAUGAUUUAGUCAUUCAAGAUGAAGAUACUGAUUAAAGAUACUGCCACCCUCAGACAGACAUGACCCUCCGAAGCAUAUCAAAGUAGUUUAACUUUCACUUCAACUACUUCAGUCAAGUCGAAUCUUUCUUUGCUUUCCUCCGUGUACAAGAUGUAAUCACUGAUAGCGGACUAAAGGUCAUAAAUCUGUACUACAGCUCAUGUCUUUAUUUCUGCUCCUUUGCAGGACUCUGACAACCCUGACCUGCGUGAUCGAGGCUACAUUUAUUGGCGUCUGUUGUCCACUGACCCUGUGACCGCCAAGGAGGUGGUGCUGUCAGAGAAGCCCCUGAUCUCAGAGGAGACAGACCUGAUUGAGCCCACCCUGCUGGAUGAGCUCAUCUGCCACAUCGGCUCCCUGGCAUCCGUCUAUCACAAACCUCCCAGCGCCUUUGUGGAGGGCAGCCAUGGCAUCCACCGGAAACACCUUCCUGUGCAGCACAGCAGGUAGGACAUACAAAUACCCUGGACUUUGAGAUACAGCCACAUAAGUUUGAUAUUCUUUUCAUUUUCUUUAUAUGGCUCUGACUCCCCCCCUGCCCACAACAUCCAGUGCAUCUCAUUAUAAGGAGAUUGAAUAAGUACUUAAAUAAAUACAUAAAUGAAAAAAAUAAAAUAACAUAAGAAAAGUAGAAGUAGUAACUUGACAGUCGGGUGUAAGAGUAAAUGAGGAGGCCGUACUUGCUGAGCAGCAUCAUGCAUUACCCUUCAGAAUGUUGUGCUAGUGGAUUCAUGAGUUAUCAGGGAAGGUUUUAAGUUUAUUUAUGAAAGACAUUAUUGGGUUCCAGGUGGAGUAAAAAAGGUUUUUGAUCUUUUCAAGAUUUAAAUGGAGCAUAAGGUCACUCAACCAUAAGGAGGUGCUGGGUGGUUUAGGGGAUUUCCGGUGCAACAAAAUCCUUUGGCGGGCAAGCAGAGUAGCAAAUGCUAUAAUGUUGUUAUGCUUAUUGAUGAUAUGUUGGUCAGCUGAGCCAAAAAUACCCGUCCUUGUUUCACUGCAUAUUUUUUUUCCCACCACCAACUGUUGUAGAGAGCAGGAAAUUGCACAACUCGAAUAUAUUGUUCAUUGGAUGAACUCAGCAAUACUCAGUCUCCUUUCUUUUAUAAGGAACUUCUGUUCACAUAACAGCUGAAGAUGUAAAAUAGUUAUUGAGUUUUCUCCUUUCCCUAAACAAAGUUUAGAUGGUUCAUCCAACAAAAUAUUAAUGCAUUGGGGCGUUAAAUGCAAAAAAUGGUUAAAAAAGCAGACACAUAACAGUCAUUUUCUUUAGGAUCUUACACGUGUAUCUUUGCCCAGUUUGAGUUUUGAAUUCCAGCUCCUCCUCACUGGAUCCUGUUCCUUAACGGUGUAUCUAUUUCCUCCCAUAACAGCAUUGACACAGGGGAGAGCCCCGUGAGCAGCGGGCCUGCAGCUGCCAUGGAUCAGCCUCAUGUGAUCCCCAGUCAGGGAGACCUGCUGGGCGACCUGCUAAACCUGGACCUGGGCCCUCCAGUGAAUGUUCCCCAGGUUUCCUCCAUGCAGAUGGGUGCAGUGGACCUUCUGGGAGGAGGCCUGGACAGUUUGGUUAGCUGGGACACUCACUGACACUCACAAACACAGACACACUUAUUAUCUUACUCACAGAGCAGUAGGUCAAAUAUCUCGCUCCAGAUUUCUUAAUCACAGUUCAGGAUUUUGCUCUUUGCUCAGAAAGGUUAAUUAUCAUUUCUGGACCAAAUUGAUGUGAAAGACAGGUCUCAAGACCCCGUUGAAUUUCUUUAUUUGUGUGUUUCUUAUGUUUGUUUGUAUAUGUACAUGCAGGCUUGUAAUAUGAAUUGCUUCACUCACACAUGUUGUGAAAUGGUUUGAAAUAUACAAAUAUUUGGUGAUAACAUCCUAUAACUGUUUAGUGUUUUUCCUCACAGAGCUUCAUAAAGCCCUGUGUACUGUUCCUCUGUUAUAAGUUGCUUUUCCACCUCCUCAAGCUGCUGGGAUAACUGGACCUCUUGAUAACCUUCUUGCAGAAUUUAAGGUCUUAUCGUUCAAUGUGUGACUUAACAAGCAAAGCUGCUGUUUUUCCCAGGAAGUGAAGGGCUCCUCUUGAUGGGUUGCGGUUGCUAAGAAAGUCUCUAUCUCUGUCUUUGUUUGGUCUGUCUGUGAUGUUUGGAUGCUGUCUUUGGGGGCCUCUCUUCUCUCCUGUAGCUGGGGGGAGACCUGGGCGGAGGUGUUGGGGGAAGUCCAGCAGUAAGUCCAGCCCUUCUGUUUGGCGGUCUGCCUGCCUGUCUGCAUGCUGCAUGCUUACUCAAUUUAACCCAUCACACUCUCAAACAAACAUCUUCAAGUUUUCAACAAGUUUUGAAACGUUGCUUGUUUGUCUGGGUCUCAAAUUUCUUCACCUAGAAGACCACAUACUGUAUUUUUUAUCAUUGUUUUAGCCAGAUUAUGGUUUAAAAUUCCAAUUUUCUCCAAUCCAAUCUAAUCCAUUUUAUUUAUAUAGCAUGAUUUAAGCAAAUGCAAGGUUUCCAAAGUGCUGCACAGCAAAAUAAAAAUAGAAUAAAAACACAAUGGAAGCACAAUAGAUAAGGUAAAAAUUAAAUGAGUUAAAACGCAGUAAAAUCAAAUAACAAAUAAACACAAUAAAUAAAAUCAAUAAAAUAAAAUAAAUGAAGUUAACCUCUUACUGGGUGUUAAAAGGCAAUGAGAUAAAACACAGUAAAAUCAAAUAACAAACAAACACAAUAAAUAAAAUCAGUAAAAUAAAAUGAAUGAAGUCAACCUCCUACUUGGUGUUACAAACUCAUACUGGCUUCCAUUUUAGUCUUCAUGGACUCUAUUAACAUAUUCAUUAAAAUGUGUAAAGUUAAUCAGGAUCAGCCCAGAAUCUGUCUGAAAACUGUUAUAAGCAAUAAUUUUGUUUAUUUUAAUGCAACAUUUUUCUGAUAAUACAGAGAAACCAGAACUAUGAUUCAAUGAGUGGCAACACUUGAUGGAGAAUUAGGAUUUUUGUUACAUUUUACUCUCUUUUGAUUUGGUGCAUGCUCAUCAUAGCUUCUUUGGCAUCAAACUGCAGGUAGGCCUCACUUCACACUCGCCCUUUUUCUGUCACCAGGGCGUUAGCUAACCAUUCACACUUUAAUUCAGUUUUUGUUUUCUUUUUUUUUUUGUUAUUAAUCAUCUUUCUUUUGCAUGGCUUCAGAUUGCUUGUGUGUGGUGUUUGUAGGAUUUUAGCAGAUUUCAGUGAUUUGUGUUUAAAUACUGAUCGCUUAUCAUGGUGUUUUUUUGUGUGUGUGUAUUUGUUGUGAUUGCUUCAGGUGGGACAAAACUUCAUCCCCUCCUCUGUCCCGAGUACAUUUGCCCCGUCACCCACACCUGCGCCUCCAGCUGCCAGCAGCGGGCUCAAUGACCUGUUUGAGCUCUCCACAGGCAUGGCCAUCACCACUGGGGGUUAUGUGACUCAGAAAGCAGUGAGUUCCUCUUAACUGUGACUCCAAACUACAACUUAUUCAAACAACCAAGUCUGUUCAAUCGAUAAAAAUAAAGCAGGGCAAGAAGAAAAGCUUCGUUUCUAAUUGCUAGAUCAAUCAAAAUCACACAGAAAGGCGUGAGUUUAAAGCACCAGGGAGAAAAUCAGCUGCAAAUCCAGCAAGUUGACUUUGAUUGUAUGAAUAAUAAGCUCUACGGUUCAUUGAAUAUGAGACAACUGACCCCUUUGGUUCUUCUUUACCAGGUGUGGCUGCCUGCAGUUAAAGCCAAGGGUCUGGAGAUUUCAGGCACCUUCUCUCGUCGUCAGGGUCACAUGUAUAUGGACAUGUCCUUCACCAACAAGGCUCUGCAACACAUGACCGACUUUGCUGUCCAGUUCAACAAGAACAGGUCAGUGGGAUGACUUACAGGGAACACGUUUCACUCAACUGCGAUUUAAACUCAAUUACAGCCUGUGAAAAAAUAAGUCCUCCCUUUGUGGUUUUGAAAACAUCCACGUUCAUAUGGCAAUGCUUUCAAAUCGAUCUGCAUGCACACAGAUCCACAAAAAUCACUGGAGUAUACAUGCCAGGUCAGAAGCUGGUGCUUUAACUUGAUUAUGAAUCACCAUGAAAAAACACACAGUGCAUCUGUGCAUGUUGGCGUUCUUCAACGGAGCAAUGAAUGCAACAGACUACUUAACUAGGAACGUGACACCCAUGUGCAAAUGUGGUUGUGAUGUGGUAAUUUUCACAGGAACUGCAUAUUUAGUGUUUGUAUGUUGACGAAGAGGAUUACAAAUCCAAAGGUUGGAAACUGGUUUCAAAGCUUUCAAAAAUGUCCUUAAGAAAAACAACCAGCAACAAUUUACCAUUUUCUACUAAAAAAAACUGAAAGUGAAGUUUGAUUUAUAUUCUGACCAAAUACAUGAACUGAUUACCAUCAAUGAUUUUGCGUGUGUUUGUGUCUUUCGUAUAGUUUUGGGGUGAUUCCUACCAGUCCUCUGCCCAUUCACACUCCACUCAUGCCCAGCCAGAGUAUGGACAUCUCUUUGCCUAUCAACACAAUCGGUCCGGUCAUGAAGAUGGACCCUCUCAAUAAUCUGCAGGUACAGUAGUCAGGAAUUAUGACUGACGGCUACAUCUGGAAACAGAGUUAAUUUAGGAUUGUGGUGUUUAAAUAAACCUUAAUUCAUAAUUCAUGAAGUCAAAUCCAUGUUAUCUUUGUUUUCUUAUCCUCAGGUGGCUGUAAAGAACAGCAUCGAUGUCUUCUACUUCAGCGUACUCAUUCCUCUCAAUAUAUUCUUUGUGGAGGAUGGAAAAAUGGGUAUGGAUCACAUCAUUGUUUGUCAUCUUAACACCAUGACAACAUAAUAUCUCUUACAACAGUUAAAAACAGAGAUAAAUAAAACUUGGGAUAUGUUUUUAAUGUGGUUUUCACACUGGAAAUGACAAGGUUUAUAAAAAUACUAGUACUACAGAAAGCUCUGGUGUGAGUUCUCUGCACAUAAUGAAUAAAGUGUCUCCGCCACAAGCAUUGAUAUGUUGUUUUAUUUUCUCCUUUUAGAGCGGCAGGUGUUCCUGGCUACCUGGAAAGACAUUCCCAAUGAGAAUGAGCUUCAGUAUCAGAUCAAGGAUUGCCACUUAAAUGCAGGUAGGAAAACGUAGGAGUUAAAUUGUCACAUCACGGUUUUCAGGACAGAAAACGUCUCCUUUAAACAAUCAAAGUGUUGGCUAACUUGCAUUGAUUGUUCAUCUCCUUCAGAUAAGUUUAGCCUGAACUUAAGCCGAAUGCCUCAAAAAAAUUAAUAUUUUCAUUUCAUUUCAUUAGUUACCCAUGCUAUGUUCUCAUUUUGUCAUUCUUGAAGACAAGUGUCGUGUUUUCAGUACUUAUUUCUGGUUUGAGUGCUGUUACAUGAGUGCUUAAAGAAAUGUUUACACAAAAAAGGACAACCAUUACCACAGUUUUUACCAAAAAUCAUGUCAAGACCAGUAACCCUCUUUUUUCAGUACAACAUGUGAAAAACUCUUUCACCUUUCUCUGUUUCUUUUCCACACCUGCAUGCCUAACUUUGGAAACAUCAACAGUUGCUCUUAUACUGUAACUGGACAUCUGUAACUUCUGCAUAGUUGUGCCGCUAUUAUGCUAACAGCAGGAUGACUGAUGUACCCCACAGUGUUUUAGCACACCUGAUCACGAGGUCGCCACCUACACUCAGAUCCUCAUAGAGCUGAUUUCCCAUGAAAUCCCUGAUAAACCCGUCAGUAGUUUUUGAUAGAUCAUGUGCACCCAAGUGUUAGUAUUUAGAAAUAAGAGGGUCUUAGCUUUGACCUUUGUGUAUUUCAGGUAGCUCCUCUUUGUUAUUAGAUUGUAGUCGGGCCGUGUCAAGUGUGAUCAUCCAUAUUUUUUGUCUUGCAGACACUGUAUCAGGAAAGCUGCAGAAUAACAACAUCUACACCAUCGCCAAGAGAAACGUAGAAGGCCAGGACAUGCUUUACCAGUCCCUUAAACUGACUAAUGGUAUCUGGAUCCUGGCUGAGCUUCGCAUUCAACCUGGAAACCCCAACUACACGGUAUUCAACAAGUUCAAUUCAGCUGAUUUCUGGCAUGUUAGAGUGAUUCAACCAAGGAAGCAUUAAAUGAGAAGUUUCAAAUAUUUGGUGUUUGAUGAUAUUUUGAUACAAGGAAGAUCAAACUUUUAAAAAAUGAAGUAGCUCUUUGAUUACAAAAAAAAGUGCUUUUCUUGGAAUUUUGUCAUUUUAGUCUUUACAAAUUUUGUCUCUCCAUUUUCCAAGAGACAUCAGUCACAGCUUUUUUUUAGACAGAUUCAAUUCCCUUUUAUUCAGCUUAGGUGCACAUUUAUGAUUGAUGCUAUCUCCUUUUUUUCCGCAGCUGUCUCUUAAGUGUCGGGCCCCUGAGGUUUCUCAGUACGUCUACCAGAUGUAUGACACUGUGCUGAAGAACUGACCUGCUGCACAACAUCAUCCUGACACCCAAUAGCAGUGUUUUAUUGUUAUCUGCAUUUAACUGCCAAAACAAAGGAAUCCGAACAGUGAAGCUGGAUAAAUAAGAAUUGAAAGAUUUGGGCCGAUUCUUGUCUGCAGAAAAUGUUUUCUUGGGUGACCACUAUAUUACAAAUCUGUAUCAGUGCAAACAGAACAAACACGGUUUAUAUUUCCUUUCUUUUGGCUGUUAAAGCAUCAGUGAUUCCUUUUAUUGCACCAUCUAUUUCAAUUUUACCCACCAGUGAAAACAAGUCAACCAUUCCAUCCUUAACUUAGUGUCUUAAUGUUGUGAAGAUGUGACCACGAGGAAGACGACCCAGUUUCCAUGAAGCCAUUGUUUCAUUAUUUUGUAUAAUAAUGAAACUGCCCUCUCUCUAACGCGCUGCUCUCUCUUCUUCGGAUUUAUCGUUGAUACUCGCUUUACUUCAGAAUUUGAUUCAUUCCUUUAGCUGUUAAUGUGUGUGAAGAAUCAAAACCAACAGUGCACUCUUCAGAUGCUAUUUAUGUCUGUCCCUUUAAGAGUUUGCCGCUCGGCCGACCAUUUUUAAAAGAUAUAAUUGAUCAACAUACAUCUCAUUCAAGUAUGCACAGGUUUUCCUCUUGUGACUUCAACCAGAUUGCUUGUGUCUUACAGGAAGUAAAGAACACUAUACAGCAUAUAAGAAAAAGGAACAAAGGGUUUGAAAAGGAGAGUUUAUAGAAUAAUAGAACUAUGAAAUCUGAUGUAACUCCUAAAACCUGUUUGCCACCUGUGAAUUAAUAUCUACACUGCAAAAUUAAAACUUCAGCUCUCUGAUUUGAGAUCAAAUUUAAAAAGGCACAAACAGCCAAAGGAAAUGUCUUUGGACCUUUUCCAGUACAGCAGAGCUAAUUUUAAGCAGCUGUAUGUUUCUACGCUAAAAUUGACACAUAAUGAGUUAAAGUGCAAAGAAAUGAACAACCAGGGUAAGAGAAAAGAAGCCCUGAGGGACAGGUUGCCCUUACCUUCAAUAUUUGAUAUACCUCUAAACCACUUUACAAACCACAGCAGCUGUAUAUGACAUGUUCACACACCAGAGCCACUCCUUUUUAAGAAUUGCACAUUUAUUCCACAUACUCCGCACAGCUUCAGCCACCUUUUAUUGUCAUUCCUAUUUAUUGUGCAUCUACCUCUGUGUUUUCCUUUUUCCUGGCUUUAUUGUCUCAGUGGCCUCAAUUCUGUGAAUCAAUGGGAUUUUAACAUUUUCAUCUCCACUUUUGAUGCCACUGUUUUGUUCCUUCUUUCAUUCCACUGUUUUUUUUUUUUAGCUCAGCCUGAACCUGUGGCCAGUCAGCCAAACCAAACACAGGACCAAGCACACAUGCAAAUUAAAUGCCAAGUUUAUGUUAUGGUGCCCCAGUGUCAAUAUAUCCUUCUAAUGUCGGCGUUGUCUGUGCUAUAGAACAAUAGAGUAUCUACACUCUGAGGCCAAGAGUUGCUCAAACACAGUGUAGACCAGUGAUGGUGUAAUUUGUGUAGCUUAUUAAUCAAAAUGUUUCGCUAUUACCUAAAAAGUUAAAUACCUUGCCUUCAUCGAUUAAACAGAAAAGGCUUGUCAGUGUAUCAUAAGGUGUGUUGGUGACACUAUUUUCUUAUGUGAAUUUAAAAAAAAACAAUCUGUAUGUCUGCAUGAACCUACUGUCAAUUUAAACCCCAUAAUUUACGAUCUAACCCCCCAAUUCUGUGUCUCUGUUGUAGAUCUGUUAUGGUUUCAACAAAACAUUGUUUCAAGCGCUCCAAUGAAUAGAACUAUAUCCCUUGUUGCCAGCAAUAUUGAAUAAUAAAAAUAGAGACAGCCGUGAAAUGAAAUGGAAUAUGUCAAGUGUCAACGCUGUAACCCUGUUUAUGAUUUGUCAUUGUCACAGUAUCACAUUUAAUGCCAAUAAAAUGUCAAAAAUACAUCACUGUGG